CCCCCCCUCCCCCCCUCUCUCCAGCGCUCGCUCUUUGUGUGAGUGUGGGACGGGACAGUUAUUAUAUUAUCUUCAGCAAGAAGGCAGUUCCUCCUUCUCUCGCCCUCACACUGUCACACACACUCACGCUCUACGAGAGAGAGAGAGAGAGAGAGAGAGAGAGAGAGAGAGAGAUGGAGAGCAAUGUUUCCUGGUAGCUGCCUUCUUCCUGCUCUCCUGCCCCUGAUUUGAGCCCCCCUCCGCGUCCGUUUCCUCUGCACCAGAUCUGCGGGGCGCUUCUCGUCGUUGUGCCGCUGCGUUUCGGCCAGCAAGUCAGCCAUGAGCAAGGAGGAUGUGCUCAAGAUACAGACCUGCGUGCUCAAGGUGAACAUCCACUGCGAUGGGUGCCAGAAGAAGGUGAAGAAGAUCCUCAGCAAGAUCGAUGGCGUGUACCAGAGCUCCAUCGACCCGGAGGAGGGCAAGGUGAUGGUGUCCGGGCUGGUGGAUCCGGACACCAUCAUUAAGAAGCUCAACAAGGGCGGCAAGCCGGCUGUGCUCUGGGGUUCCAAGCCCGGUGGCGUCGCCAACCAGUUCCAGAAGCUCCACCUAGACGGUGGCGGCGGCGGUAAGGGCCAGCAGCCCAAGGACGCCGGCGGCAAAGGCCAUGCCAAAGAUGCCGGCGGCAAGGCCCACAAGGGAGGCGGUGGCGGCAAGGACGCAAAGAUGGCGAUGCCGCAGCCGACCCCGCAGCAGAUUCAGCAAAUGCAGCAGCAGAUGCAGAUGAAGGGCCCGACGCCGCAGCAGCUUCAGCAGCUGCAGCAGCAGAUGCAGAUGAAGGGCGCGCCGACGCCGCAACAGCUCCAGCAGCUGCAGCAGCAGAUGCAGAUGAAGGGAGCGCCGACCCCGCAGCAGCUCCAGCAGCUGCAGCAGCAGAUGCAGAUGAAGGGCGCGCCGACCCCGCAGCAGCUCCAGCAGCUGCAGCAGCAGAUGCAGAUGAAGGGGCUCAAGCUGCCGCCGCAGUUCAUGGGUGCCGCCGCGGCGAAGAUGCCUUUCCCGGCGGGUGCGCCGGCCAAGGACCCCAAGUCCGUCAAGUUCAACAUCCCCGACGACGGCUGGGGCGACGACGGCGGCAGCGAGUUCGACGACGAGUUCGACGAAUUUGACGACGACGAAGAUUUCGACGAUGAUGGCUUCGAAGACGACUACUACGACGACCCCAAGAUGAUGAUGAAGCAGAUGGCCAUGCCGCCGAACGCCGGCGGGGGCGACAAGAAGGGCGCUAGCAAUGGUGGGAAGAAGGGCGGUGGAGGAAACGAGAUCCCGGUGCAGAUCAAGGGGAACGGCAACAACGGCGGCAAGAAAGACGCAGGUGGCAAGCAGCAGCACCAAGGCGGCAACGGCAACGGCAACGGCGGUGGUAAGAACGCAGGCGGUGGUGGGCAGCCGAACAACGUCAAGGGAGGAGCACCGGUCCAGGGGAAGAAGGGCGGCGGCGUUGGUGGCCCGGCAGCAGCGAUGGGCGGCCCGAUUGGCGGCGGCAUGCAGCCGCAGCAGCAGGCCAUGUUCAGGCCUAACAUGAUGGGCGGCGCCGGUUUCCCCGGCAUGGGCGGUCCCAUGGGCCACCCCCACGCGGCGAGCAGCGCUCAGGCUGGCCGCGCCAUGCAGGGCAUGCCGCCGGCUGGGUUUUACCAGGGCGCUGGUGGCGGCGGCGGUGGCAUGCCGUCCGGGGCAGAGAUGCUGCAGGCUGCCGCUGCGGCCGGGAACCCCAUGGCGCAGCAGCAGUACAUGGCACUGAUCCAGCAGCAGCAACAGCAGCAGCAGAUGACAAUGCUGCAACAGCAGCAGCAGCAGCAAAUGAUGAUGAACGGCGGCCACGGCGGCGGCGCGGGAGGGUACCCGCAGAUGGGCUACGGGCCAGGUUACGGGCGGCCGCCGAUGGGCUCGUACCCGAUGCCAACCGCCUAUGCGAUGCCGCCACAGCCACCAGCGGGCGAGCCUUACAACUACUUCAGCGACGAGGACCCCAACAGCUGCUCGGUGAUGUGAGAGAUGAUGGAUCGCGCCACCGCCGCUCAUGGUUGAAAGGAAGGCCAUGAUGAAUCUGGCAGUGACAUGGGGCAGCAACAAGUCCCAUCUAGAUCGGUCCUCUUCUGUUUCUUCUUGAUUAAUUUAGCUUCUACAUUUUCGCCUUUUAUUUCAAUCAAGCUUAAAAAAGGGACAAGAGCCGUGAGACCUGCUUGAAGGCGAGUGUAGGUACAGUAAUUAUCUAUAGAUGUCAUAAGAGAUGAAUGCUCCCAUGCUGUUACAGUUGAAGAACAAUGUGAUUGACUGAUGGUAGAUCAAUGAACAGUAUGCAAAAUAA